UCUGGCGAAACCCCUCGCUGAGGUAGGUGAAGGAAGUCGUGCGCCGAUCGAGUCGGAGACGAAGAGGAAGGGCAGUGGGGUGGGUGUAGAAUAGAGUAGAGAUGGGUUCUCGUCCCCCUCCUCGGAAGUGCGAGGUCUGCCGCGAGGCGCAAUCCAAGUACAAGUGCCCUAAUUGCCUUGUCCCCUAUUGUUCCUUGGCAUGCUUCAAGAAACAUAAAGAAAAUCCAUGCAAAAAGCCAUUGCCUUCAGUGGAAGAAACACCAAACUUGAUGCUUCCUGAACGAUCAUAUGAGGUCAAUGAUCCAAGUUGGGUUGUUGAUAAAGAACGAUUACAGUUGAUAGCAAACUCAAGUGAAAUACGAGAGGCCUUACGGAAUGGAGACCUAAGGAGGAUAAUUCAGAAAAUCGAUGGCAGUGAUGACCCAGAAGAUCAACUGACCAAUGCCAUGGAAGAGCAGAUUUUUCAUGAUUUUACCGAAAAGAUCCUCUCCAUUAUAAGUCCACAAGAGUGACGCCGCAUUCAGAACUGAGGCAUGAUGAUCCUAAUUGUAAGUCCUUUGGAUUUGGUUACGAUCAAGAUAUGAAGAUCACCCAUAACACUUUUGUUGUUAGUUUAUAGCACUUAAUAUCUACGGAUAUUUAUGGUGCACUUAAGCAUGCUCCUCUGGUCUUGGUAUUCUUUUUUGUUAGAAGGUACCUAUUAACCCUGUCUUUUGCUGGUUAUCUAAAGCUGCAAUAUUUUGAGUUUCCA